AUGCCCACACAGUUGUACCACGUCGGCGAGUGCACCGCCAAGGAAGAGACCUCCAAGCUCGAGAAGGAUAUCUUCUGGUUUGGAGAAGAUGAGGAUCCCCGCACCAUGGGGAUCUUUGAUGUGAUAACAACCUACUUGCAAUAUCCUGUAUCGACGACGGUCUCGACAACAUUGCCCGAAUACCUGGAAUUCCCCGCUGUGACUGUCUGCAACCUUGCGGGUUUCUCUUGCUCCAAGUUCAAGGCCCUUAACUCAAGUAACUAUCCCUCAGCACAGCCAAGCGAAUUCGAUCAGCUCGCGGAAACUUGGCUGCUCCGAUAUCUGAAGGACAGGCCAUCCUACCUUGAUUUCUUGUCUCGACUAAACCCAGAGGACCACGUCAAGAUCAUGCAAAACAGAGAUGAAUUCAUCCGCAUGUGUAUCUUCAAAGAAAAAGAUUGCAGAAAGUAUUUCUUGCCGUUCCUGAACACGACGUAUGUAACAUGCUACGCCUUCAACCUGAUUUUGAACAAUGCAAGUGAUCCGAUGGCAGGAUCCAGAUAUAUUGGCAAACCUGGUGAUGGUAUGGAGCUGACGCUGUAUAUGAACAAGAGCGAUUGGCCAAUGAAUUGGGUUUGGGGUGGAGAGGGUGGAGUUAUAGUGGAUGCCCAUCGACCUAACAAACACCCUUCCCUACAUGAAUCCCGUUUGUAUGUCCGGCCUGGCGCUGCAACGUAUAUCUCCAUGACACAGAAGGAGGUGUCGAGACUGGCUUAUCCCUACGAACACAACUGCUACAAUUCGUGGGACGACUGCGGUUACUAUCCGGCGAACUCCUCCAUCAUCGUCUAUGACUCUGUGGCGUGCAGGAGGAUGUGCAUCCAGUCAACAACGGUGGGCAAGUGCAACUGCAAAGACACAGGAAUCCGAGACUAUUUCACCUACUCGGGGGGGUCGUUGGAUGACAUUCUCCCUUGCAUUGGAGUCAAGGACAAAGAGUGCGCUGCAUCUGUCGUUAAUGGAGUGAUCAACGGGAGCAUCAAGUGCCCCUGCAAUCCAGAAUGUGGGGAAAUUGAAUAUAAGAAGACCGUAUCUUCUUUGGAUUGGCCAAGCAGAUCAUAUUUCAAGUCACUGUUUGGUCCGAUGGGACCGACGCAAGCGCAGAAUUACAAGGAGUUAAAAGAGGAGGUGCUGUAUUUGCACAUCUGCUUUUCAUCGAUCAUCAAGGACACGAUUACAGAAUUGCCAACUGUCAGCAUGCUGAAUCUGAUAAGCAGUCUGGGUGGAGUCUUGAGUCUAUACUUGGGAAUCUCUCUAGCUUUGUGCCUGGAAAUCCUUGAAAUUAUUCCGCUCAUGAUGCAAAUAAUCGUCAAUCAGCGCUUCGGUAUCAGUGAGAAACAAGAUCCAGAGCCCAAGACGCGAGUGCCUCGUCAGAGUGCUCCGAAGAGAUACCCGGCACCCCUCGACUGGGCUGUCCACUGCAAAUGA